AUGUCAACAAAACUAACGAUUGCUGUGCAGGGAUGCGCUCAUGGAGAAUUAAAUAGCAUCUAUCGGAGUAUCACAACCCAGUAUGCCUCCAAACUACCGGAUCUUUUGAUUAUCCUGGGAGAUUUUCAAUCUUUGAGAAGUGAAGAAGAUAUGGCUUCUAUCGCUGUGCCAGAUAAGUACAAAAAACUAGGUGACUUCCCCAAAUACUAUAAUGGUGAGUUAAAGGCGCCUUUACCCACUAUUUUCAUCGGUGGUAACCAUGAGUGUAUGCGAGGACUGCUUGAGAUACCGUCGGGCGGAUUUGUGGCUAAGAACAUAUAUUACAUGGGCUACAGCGGUUCAAUUGUGGUACAAGGCGUUGUAAUCAGCGGAUUGAGCGGUAUUUACAAAAGACAUGAUUUCAACACUAGACGUCCGACUUUGGAACAGAUCGAAAAAGAAGGAUGGAGUAGAUAUGUGCGAAAUUUAUACCAUGUUCGAAAGGCAGAUGUUCUUCCAUUGUUUAUGUUGAAACAAACAGAUGUUAUGCUCAGCCAUGAUUGGCCCAAUGGUGUGGCGCAUUAUGGAGAUCUUAAGAAACUUUUGAAACUAAAACCGUUCUUUAAGCAAGAUAUACAAAACAACAAUUUGGGCAGUCCUGUAAGCUGGCAGCUUAUGAGAAAUUUGAUGCCCCAAUGGUGGUUAAGCGCCCAUUUACACGUCAAAUUUGAAUCUGAAGUCAGUAUGAGUAAGAGAAGUUUGGAAGAAAAGAACCCUGACGAAAUUGACUUAGACUUGGACCUAGACCCGGAAGCCUCAGAAACGGCAGUUCAGCCCAAAGUUACCAAGUUUUUAGCACUUGAUAAGUGCGGACGUAAUAGAAAGCAUAUGGACAUAAUAGUGGUGGAUUCGAAUUUGAAUCAUCCAACGUACGAUCCUGUGACUUUUAAGAUGUAUUUGAAUCCGGAAUUCGUUGCCAACCAAAAAUACCUUGCCCAAAACGAGCAGAACGCACGACUUGAAGAUAUAAACUUCGAGGAGGUGCGCCAGCAACGCGGCGAUCUUGCAACAGUCAAAUGGGAAGAUUACGAAUUGACGAAUGUAUGA